ACUUGAAGCUGUCUCUGAAAGAUGAAGACCGUAGACUGUCUCGGAAUGCGUUUAUGCGACAUCGCAAAGAUCCUGAGUCUUGAACGGGCACUUCUUUGAGAAUAGGCAGGUCGCUGUGAGUCUCCGACCCAGUCUCGUCCUGGACGCACAGCAUGUUACGCUGGCGUCAGACCCUUAGCAGACUGCAUCAACACAGUGCAUGAUGGUGCCAUGUGCUCAGCCAGGAAUGCAGAGAGUUGAACAUGUUCAUGGGUCUUGAAUUACCUGAAAAUAUCGCCCGUAAGCCCAACCGGCUUUUCCCGAGUCAUUUCGGAGGCUUUCAGGUUCCUCCAUCUCGUCUCGGCUCAUCUCAUCUCACUUCUUCGCCCUUCAAACCGUGGCGAGGAACACUGGGGGUCAGACAUGAGAAGAUCAAGAUUCUACCGCUUCCACUGAUUGGAAGGACACUAAUUAGUAUCCCCAUUCUAUCUGUACGGAGUAUCCCAAGAAGAUUGCAACCGAUCGAAAUGUUCUUGGGCUCGGCUCCAAAUCAAUGACCGAGGAGCGACAGCCUUGUUCUAUCUUUAUUCAUGAUACAAACAUCGACGCAACAUCCAGUCCCAGCACAAUUAUUUUCCUAGAUUUCAAAUUUGACGACAUUCAUUCCUUGUUAUACUUCUUCGGCGAAUAUCUGUCCUUCGGUCUUCUCGACAGCCAUUGCCAGCAUCAUUCAUCUCUCGUCCUUCCCGCACCGCUUGAACGUGGGCAACCAUACCUGCAGCCCUCAACCACAUAGGAUUCAACUGGCAACAUGGAAUCGAUACCCACCAGCGGCACACAGACGCCAGCUUCUACCAUGUCAUCGACAACUGACGAGACCAGCGCUUCCAGCGUUUCGGAGAAAGAAGCGGCCACCAUCCACACUGUCAGAAAGUUGGACUUUUCUAGCCUUCAAGACCUGUUUCCCCUGGCUCAAUCCUCAGCCGAACACCCUGAACCAUCGUCCUUAUGGUACAUUCUAACCACGGCCGUACUCCUAUCGUUCCACAAAGAAAGGCUCACAGGAGCCUUGUGGACGUAUCUCGCCACCAACACCGAGUCUCCUCAAACCGAAGAACAACUCCUCGGCAUCGCACGCCGAAUCCGCGAGUCCUGCCUCAAAGCAAGUACCCUCGUUGGAUUUCCCAGAGCAAUAAACGCCCUGUUCUCUCUACAGACCUCUAUCACCACGACCCACCCUUCUCUCUCCAGCACUUUGGCAACCGACACAUCCCUCCGCGCCCCUCUCGAUCCAACCGCCAAAUACGAGCGUGGGAUGUCCUUCUUCCGGCAAAUCUACACCAAACACACCACACGCGUUCUCUCCGCCAUGGACAGCACCUCCGGCGGCGACCUGACACAUUUCGCGAUAAACUGCAUCUACGGUGAGCUUCUGAGCGAGCACACCAUCAUCGGCGCCCAGGAGACCGGCCUACUGGAAUUCGUGUGCUGUCUGGCCGAUGGCUGUGGGCCGCAGGCUAAAGGGUAAGUCAAGAUAUCCCGAUCUCUUGCAUUUCCCAAAUCUUCUCCGUCAGACCAAGCCUUCACGCAAGUUCCCAUCCAGUCUAGAAGCAAAGGCCAAACGCGCCUGUCACUCUGCGAAAUGACUCCAGGUGUGUUGUGUUGAGCCGAGGGUAAUUCGGAAGAGGGCAGCGAACACGCGCUAACCCAAGCGGCGUGAUAGACAUUUCUUUGGCUCUCUGAACCUGGGCGCAAGCCACGAAACGCUCCGCGCGACUGUGCGCCUUACGGAGGAGAUAGCGCAGCAAUUGGGGCUGGCCUGUCCGUGGAAGGAUGUGGAUGUAUGCGAUGAUUUUACAUUUUUGGACAGGAUUAUGCUAGUGUCAGCGUGAGCGUCAGCAUUGCAAAAACUAAGGAAAUGGCCGAUUGGUGAUGCCAUUUGCCCGUGAUUUGAAUGUGCCGCUUUAGCAAUCGGGCAUGGGAUGGCGACGCUCGACCUGGGGAGGCAUGCACUUCGGAUAUAACCAAGCGCACGACGAGCAUGAUGCGGUCCUGCUGUCGAGAAUGGUACUCGGCGCCUACUGUGUCUUCGUGGUGACGCACGUAUUCUUACUUGUCUUCACUGGACACACGGGCCCCAGCUGGGACAGUAUCAGCGAAUUGCUUAUGCUUGGCUUGAUGAGUCGCAAGGCGGGACACCUAGGCCUGCAUGCAAGCGUGGGGAUAGAGACAUUGAAUACAUUGCGCGAGCCGGUCAGUGUCAAGGUCGACGAUGAGGGGCUUGUGGAUUUGGUCUCCGAGAAGGACGUGGGCGGCAAGGUUGGGGGAAUGGUCUCCUGCUGGUUACCAGGUAAUAGGGUUCAUCGACGCUGCCAUUGCUCAUUCAUUUAUAUAGACAUCAGCGAGACUCUCUUGGCAGCUUCCUCCACUCCGCCCUGCACGUCCACAAUACCCAGC